GAAAAACAAAAUCAGAAAGCUGAUUAAAAGCAGAAUUGAAAGUAGAGCUGCGGGGUGAGCGCAGAAACAGGAGCAACGAAUGGAAAAGAACACCUGCAGGAAGGGCAACAGACCGAGCAGAAAACGAAAGCUGCUCUGUCAUUUAUCGCUGUCACCGCUAUGGAUGAAGAUAACCCAGCUGAGAGCUUCCAGGACGAGGCUUCCUGCUCCCUCUGCUUGGGCUUCUUUCAAGAUCCCGUCUCCAUCCACUGCGGGCACAACUUCUGCAGGGCGUGCAUCACCCGCUGCUGGGAGGAAGAGGAGCAAACCUUCCCCUGCCCUCGCUGCAAGGCGACGGCAGCGCAGCCAAACCUGCGGCCCAACCGCGAGCUGGCCAAGAUCAUCGAGAUUGCCAAAAGGCUGAGCCUGAGGGCCCCCGGCGCUGGGGAGAGGCUCUGCGAGAGGCACCGCGAGGCCCUGAAGCUGUUCUGCGAGGAGGACCAGGCUCCCAUCUGCCUGGUGUGCAGGGAGUCCCAGGCGCACCGCCUGCACGCCGCCGUCCCCAUCGAGGAGGCGGUGGAGGAGCAGAAGGAGAAAAUCCAGGCUCACGUGCAGAUCCUGAAGGAAAAGAAGGAGAAACUGCAGGGGCUGAAAGAGGCUGAGGAAGGGAAAAGCCUGGAAUUCCUCGAAAAGGUCCAGCAGGAGAGGCAGAAGGUGGCGUUGGACGUCAAGGAGCUGCAGCGGUUCGUGGAGCAACAGGAGCGCCUCCUCUUGGGGCGGCUGGAAAAGCUGGACCAGGAAAUCGUGAGGAGGAAAGAGGAGAACCUGGCCAAGAUCCUGGAGGAGAUCUCCUCCGUCAGUGAGCAGAUCCGCGAGCUGGAGGAGAAAUGCCAGCAGCCACCGUGUGAAUUCCUACAGGAAACGUUGUGCAUUCCUUCCAGGCUGGAGAAUGAGAAAUCCCAGAAGGUGACAGAGAUAUUGCCUGCAGCAGGAGGGAACUCAGCCAGCCCUGCUCCGAAAAACACCUCCCUCAAGGAGACAUUGAUGCAGUUUCGAGAAAGUCUGACGUUGGAUCCCGACACGGCGCAUCCCCGGCUGCUGCUGUCCGAAGACCAGAAAUGCGUGCGAUGGGAAGAAGCCCGGCACCCUGCCCCUGACAACCCCAAACGCUUCGAUUCGUCCCGCUGCGUCCUGGGCUGCCGAGGCUUCAACGCUGGGCGGCACUACUGGGAGGUGGAGGUGGGAGACGGGGAGGCGUGGGCCGUCGGAGUGGCCAAGGAGUCGGUGGGCAGGAAGGGAAGGAUCAGCGUCAAACCCGAGGCGGGGAUCUGGGCGGUGGGGCAAUGCGGGGCGCAGUACCAGGCUCUCACGUCGCCCGCCAGCCCCAUCGCGCUGCUCUCUGCCCCCAGGGUGAUUGGGAUUUAUCUGGAUUAUGAGGCCGGGCGGGUGGCGUUUUUCGACGCCAACAACGAGGUGCCCAUUUUUGCCUACCCUCCCAGUUCUUUUGGAGGGGAGAGGCUCCUUCCAUUGCUCUGCCUGGGGAGGGGCUGCCGCUUCACGCUGGGCCCGUGAGACCCCGAGGGGCAGCAAUGCCUCGAGCGUCACUCGGUCAAAUGUGGGGAAACCAGAGGGUCUCAUCACCCCAAAUGUGGGGAAACCAGAGGGUCUCAUCAUCCCAAAUGUGGCGAAACCAGAGGGUCUCAUCACCCCAAAUGUGGGGAAACCAGAGGGUCUCAUCAUCCCAAAUGUGGGGAAUCCAGAGGGUCUCAUCAUCCCAAAUGUGGGGAAACCAAAGGGUCUCAUCAUCCCAAAUGUGGGGAAACCAAAGGGUCUCAUCACCCCAAAUGUGGGGAAACCAAAGGGUCUCAUCAUCCCAAAUGUGGGGAAACCAGAGGGUCUCAUCAUCCCAAAUGUGGGGAAACCAAAGGGUCUCAUCAUCCCAAAUGUGGGGAAUCCAGAGGGUCUCAUCGUCCCAAAUGUGGGGAAUCCAGAGGGUCUCAUCACCUGAAAUGUGGGGAAACCAAAGGGUCUCAUCACCCCAAAUGUGGGGAAUUCAAAGGGUCUCAUCAUCCCAAAUGUGGGGAAACCAGAGGGGCACUUCACCCGAAAUGUGGGGAAACCAAAGGGUCUCAUCACCCCAAAUCUGGGAACGCUCCAUGGUUUCAUCACCCCACAUAUGGGGUCACCCCGCAGAGAUGACUUUUGGUUCGCGACCCCAUGAGUGUUACCUGCUAAAUCCUGGAUGCAAACUGCAGAAAUGAUAAGAAAUUACUUCUCCUAA